AUGGUAUCAGGCCCUGAGAGAAAGAUAAGGGAGGACAAAAUUAAGAAUUCAGUAGCUGCAACUGUAAAAGAUCCUUUUACCCAGAAAAUGGCUCUCAGUCUUGAACCUACCCCAAUUAUUUCUAAGGAUUUAAAUAAAGAGAAGGGGGUUGUCUUUGAAUAUGAAGAGCAAGAUAGGAGGUUCCCAUUUAAAGGUGAAGUCAGAGGUUCUUUGGAGCUAGGACAUUCUGGGACUAAAUCUAGGAAGGGCCCGGCAAGAAGAAGACCUUAUAAAACAAAGAGGACUCCGGAUACAAAUGCUGCUUUACCGACCUUUUCUCAAGGUUUGGUAGUGUUUUCUCAAGAGUCAGAUGGUAAAGGAGAGAAGAGGAAGCAAAUGAUCAUUCAGUUUGAGAAGAGUGAAGCCGCAAAACCUGAGAUGAUAUUCAAGUUUGGCUGGGGUAUGACCUAUGUGUAUACUGUUAACCCUAUUGAUGGAGAAUGUACAGUUUUUUAUGUUUUGAAUUUAUGGCCACCCGUGUGUGAAAGAACACCAUCAUGUAUGGAAAAGCUGUUAGGAAAAGGAGUUUCAAGGAAAGAAAGCUGGACUAUGAUGGGAGAUUUUAAUGAAAUACUUUCAAAUGAAGAAAAAUCUGGGGGUCCAAGAAGAAGUGAGAUUUCUUUCCAACCUUUUGCGGAGAUGUUAAGUGGUUGUGGUAUGAUAGAGUUACCAGGUUCGGGCAAUAGCUUUACUUGGGGUGGUAAGAUAGGUGAUGGACUCAUCCAAUCAAACAUGGAUCGGUGUUUUGGAAACAAACAAUGGUUUCACAGUUUUUCGGGAUCCAACCAGGCGUUUUUGGAAAAGAGAGGCUCCGAUCAUAGACCGGUACUCAUCAAGCUUGCAGUGUCUCAACAAUCUUACAAAGGCUCUUUUAGAUUUGACAAGCACUUGUUACAUAAGCCUCGAGUCUGGGAAAAAGUGGAAAAAGCUUGGAAACAGCCUGAUCAUCUUUUUGGCUUUUCUAUGGCUGAUAGAUUAAGGAGCUGCAGAAAAGCUUUAAGAGCUUGGAAGAAGGAGAACGAUUUAAAUUCAAGGAGUAGAAUCAGAAAUAUCCAAUUCUCUAUUGAGGAAGAGUUCAAUCUCCCUCCUCCUUCUUAUCAAAGAAUUCAGAACGUGAAUGCUCAGAUGAUAGCAGUUUAUAAGGAUGAGGAAUCGUUUUGGCAACAAAAAAAGGUUUCUGAUUCUUUGAAUGGUUUUUUAACUGCUGAAGUAACUAAGGAAGAAGUGAAAGCUGCGGUCUUUGCCAUAAAAGGGGCUAGGGCGCCAGGGGCUGAUGGAAUGACCGGUUUUUUCUUCCAACAUUACUGGAGUCUGAUUGGUGAGCAAGUAAUAGACGAAGUACAAUGUUUCUUUGUUACUGGUUUUUUCCCUAAUGAAUGGAACCUGACUCAGAUUUGUCUUAUUCCGAAGAAGGGUGCAGUGCUAAUGUCAGAUUUACGCCCUAUUAGUCUUUGCUCAGUCUUGUACAAGAUUGUUUCAAAUAUUUUGGUCUCUCGGAUAAAACCCUUCCUGCCUGACCUGGUGUCUUCUAAUCAGUCGGAUUUUGUCUCAGGGAGACUAAUUUCUGACAACAUUAUCAUAGACCAUGAAGCUCUUCAUGCUCUGAAAUCGAUUAACAGGUUUUCAAAGGACUUUCUUGCCAUUAAAACUGACAUGUCUAAGGCGUAUGACCGUGUGGAAUGGGACUACCUUCAAGAUCUUCUUUUGGCGCUGGGUAUUCAUUCAAGAUGGGUGGGCUGGAUAAUAUUUUGUGUUAGGUCUAUCUCCUACUCUAUUCUCAUUAAUGGCCAGUCUCAUGGGAUGGUUAAACCGUAUAGAGGCCUGAGGCAAGGGGAUCCUUUGUCCCCUUUCCUCUUUGUGUUAUGUUCUGAAGAUCUUACGUUCCUGAUGAACAAAGCUGUGCCUCAAGGGCUCAUAUCGGGUCUGCAGUUCCCAGAAAGUGGGCCAAUGAUUCACCAUCUUUUGUUUGCAGAUGAUACCAUCUUCUUGAUCAAAGCAGAACUUGAAGGAUGUAAGGUGCUGGUGAAGAAGGCAAAGAAGAACAAGAGAAAGAGGUACAACCCUUUUAUCCAACGUGGGUCCGCCUCUGGGGAUAAGCUUUCAGGCUACCAUGCAAGAAUGAUAUCUCAAGGUUGUAAGGAGGUGUUUAAGUAA